AUGGCCACCACCAACGGGGCCGUGGAAAACGGGCAGCCCGACAAGAAGGCUCCUGUUCUGCCGCGCCCCGUCCGCAACCUGGAGGUCAAGUUCACCAAGAUAUUUAUCAACAAUGAAUGGCACCAAUCCAAGAGCGGGAAGAAGUUUGCCACGUACAACCCCUCGACUCUGGAGAAAAUAUGUGACGUGGAAGAAGGAGAUAAGCCCGACGUGGACAAGGCCGUGGAGGCCGCACAAGCUGCCUUCCAGAGGGGCUCCCCAUGGCGCCGGCUGGAUGCGCUGAGCCGCGGCCGCCUGCUGCAGCAGCUGGCCGACCUCGUGGAGCGGGACCGCGCCGUCCUGGCCACCCUGGAGACGAUGGACACGGGGAAGCCGUUCCUGCAUGCCUUUUUCAUCGACCUGGAAGGCUGUAUUAAGACCCUCAGAUACUUUGCAGGCUGGGCAGACAAAAUCCAGGGCAGGACCAUCCCUACAGAUGACAACGUCCUGUGCUUCACCAGGCACGAGCCUGUGGGGGUGUGCGGAGCCAUCACCCCGUGGAAUUUCCCGCUGCUGAUGCUGGUGUGGAAGCUGGCGCCCGCCCUGUGCUGUGGCAACACCGUGGUUCUGAAGCCGGCCGAGCAGACACCCCUCACCGCCCUGCACCUCGGCUCUCUGAUCAAAGAGGUUGGGUUCCCUCCCGGCGUGGUGAACAUCGUGCCAGGCUUCGGGCCCACCGUGGGCGCGGCAAUCUCUUCUCACCCUCAGAUCAACAAGAUCGCCUUCACCGGCUCCACAGAGGUGGGAAAGCUGGUUAAAGAGGCUGCCUCCCGGAGCAACCUGAAGAGGGUGACGCUGGAGCUGGGAGGGAAGAACCCGUGCAUCGUGUGUGCUGACGCUGACCUGGACUUGGCAGUGGAGUGUGCCCACCAGGGAGUGUUCUUCAACCAGGGCCAGUGCUGCACGGCCGCCUCCAGGGUGUUCGUGGAGGAGCAGGUCUACCCCGAGUUCGUCAAGCGCAGCGUGGAAUACGCCAAGAAGCGGCCCGUGGGAGACCCCUUCGACGUCAAGACCGAACAGGGACCCCAGAUUGACCAGAAGCAGUUCGACAAAAUCCUCGAGCUGAUUGAGAGUGGGAAGCAGGAAGGGGCUAAGCUGGAGUGCGGGGGCUCGGCUGUGGAAGACAGGGGGCUCUUCAUCACGCCCACCGUCUUCUCGGAGGUUACCGACAGCAUGCGCAUUGCCAAAGAGGAGAUUUUUGGACCGGUGCAGCCGAUACUGAAGUUCAAAAAUAUUGAAGAAGUGAUCAAAAGGGCCAACAGUACUGACUAUGGGCUCACAGCAGCCGUGUUCACAAAAAACCUGGACAAAGCCCUGAAGCUGGCCUCGGCGCUGGAGUCUGGCACCGUCUGGAUCAACUGCUACAACGCCCUCUACGCGCAGGCUCCGUUUGGCGGCUUUAAGAUGUCGGGAAAUGGCCGAGAACUAGGCGAAUACGCUCUGGCCGAAUACACGGAAGUGAAAACCGUGACCAUCAAGCUGGACGACAAGAGCCCCUGAGGGCAGGCGGGCUCCUUCCUCACCCCGGGGACAGACAGACCUCGGCGCCACCGCCCUGCCCGGGACGUUUGCUUCUGGACGCGUCCAUCCUGCUGGAGUUGAAUGACUUUCACUUUCCCCUUGCGCGCGUGUCUUGUUGACCCAGCUGUGGCCAGGCCCACGUACUGGGUGGGACGCCGUAGCCCUGCCUGGGGACGGGGCCGAGGAGCCAUUUCCCUUGAGACCCGGGCUGGGAGACACUGAAGACACUCAGGGCUCUGAUCACAGGAAGUGGCCUUUGAAAUGUCCAGGAGCUGCUCCAGACCAGGAGGGAUUUGUUCUGCACGCAGAGCCCUGCACCUGUGGCCUCUGGGUGCCCUGCUCACAGAACAAGCCCCUCUCUGGGGAAAGGGUGGGACCGUUCCACGCAUGGGAGAGGAUUAGCACUAAGUUAAUUUAAAUAAAAGGGGGUGGAGUUUUGCCCCCAUAUCCAAUGCUGGGCGUCUCUGGAGAGGGUGGACCGUGGGAGGGUAGCCAGGGCCUUGGGCAUGCACAGUGCAGAGUCUGCACACAUGGACCUUGGGAUUCAGCCAAAAGCCAGCGCCGCCUUUGGGAUGGGACCAAGGCGGCAGCACACAGGGCUUGUAACACCCUUGUCAUGGCAGCCCUGAAACCAGCACUUCCGUAGGCAGGAAGCAUGGUUAGAGUCACCUCUGUCACCAAGGACGCCGCAGCCCGUGGCAAGUCCUGGGACAACGAAGCCCCGCUUCCGGCGAAUCCGAGCUGGAACUUGCUUUUACAAAUGGCACACGGACACCGCGCUCCGUAUUCGCCGGUGGUUCCUGCCGAGCCUGUCCAGCUUGGCUCUGCCGAUGUCCAGUUCCGCCCAUCUGAGGUCAGUAAAGCGCGGGCAGCCACUGUGUGCCUGCAGCUCUGCCUGUUCCCACCCCUGUUCUGAUGGGAGUGUCUGAUGAGUUAACAGGCAGCCGCUGGGUGCCAUGGAGGCCCCGGGACUUCAUCCGGGAGACUUGGUCGUGGAGUUUUCUUUCCCUGGUGCAGCCCAGUGAUCUGCAAUUCCAUGCCUGCACUGGGGAAGCUGAGAGCAUCCCCGUGUAGCUGCAGAACCACAAGCAGCUUCAAUUGAGCUGUCCCCAUACACGAGUGGUCCUCUGGGAAAACGGUGCUUACGGUUGAGAGUGGCGCUGGAGGGGUCACAGCAGGAUGAAGCUCGUGUCGGACCAGCCACGUGGGCCGUCACCUGUGUACCCUCGUCCAAGGUCCGCGCUCGGAAACCCACCUCCUCUCCUUCAGUUAGCACGCACCACGUAGACGGCCAGCGACUUGCUAAACCAGGAUUUGACUUCAUACACUGAAUUCGCAGUAUUUUACCACGUGACUAGAGACGCUAACCACGACAGUGCGACGUUGGAAGGUUCUCAUUCUUUCCUUGUACAAUAAUGCCUUUACGAUGAAACACUACAUUAUUUAUAAUUGCUAUAGUUAAUGUAUCUUUUUAUAGUUGUAAGUACACAGAGGUGGUAUAUUUAACCUUCUGUAAAAUACUGUAUUUAGCAAUGGAAAUCUAUAUAGUGUUAGAUUUCACUUCUUUAAGGUUUACUCCUGUGGUAUGGUCUGAAAAUCUACCGGACUGGGAAUUCUGAUGCUAACUACAGAUUGUUCUAGAUUGUGCCAGGCAGCAGCAGUAACAUAAAAUCAGAUAUCCGAGAAAUGGUUUUUCAUGUGACCAAACCCAUUGUAAUUCUGUGGUGGGCCUCUUUCUUUCUGGGACCUUCUAUACU